UCCAUCAACAUGAUCGCAUUCAGAACAACAGUCCUCAUCGCCUUGAUCGCGUAUUCAAGUGCGCGACCCUCCGAUGAAUGGGAGCCCGAAGGUCACUCUCACUCGGAGCACACCAAGCCGUACCACGUGACCGUGAUUAAGAAGAUAGGAGUUCCAGUACCUCAUCCGGUCGCUGUGUCCGUGCCUCAAUACGUGAAGAUACCCAUUCCUCAGCCUUACCCCGUGCACGUAACAGUUGAACAACCGAUCCACGUCCCUGUAUACAAGGUCGUCCAUCAAGUGGUAGAAAAGCCUGUCCCUUACACCGUCGAGAAACCUGUACCUUAUGAAGUUGAGAAGCCUUACCCCGUUGAAGUAGAGAAGAAGGUCGAGGUGCCCAUCCCUAAGCCCUACCCAGUACACGUACCUGUCUACAAACAUAUCUACCACCACAAGGGAGGCAAACACUAAACGCGUGUCAUAGCUUAUCCUGUAAGCUUCGCUAACUAGUUUGAGCCAGUGCAAUCUGGUCUGAACCAGUUAUAAGCGGUUCAACUGUAAAUAUACUUAAUCUAGUUUCGGUGAUAUCACCGCCUCGUUAUUCAAAUGUGAUAUUUAUUUGUGUGCAAAUAAUUAUGUUCUGUUGUUUGUUGUUCGUAUC